CAUUGUAAGAAAAAGAAAAAGAGAAAGGGAAAAAGAAAAAGGAGGCUGAGAAAUGCUAAAACCCUCGUCUUCCCUAAAACUAAAACCCCUUCCAUCGUGCAGACAUUAGCACAAUCAGUUCGGCUUCACUGUGAAAAAUCACCCAAAAAUUCCAAUGGCGGCCUUCGAACUGCUCCAUCAAGCUCGCCGCCACUGCUCCUACAAAACUCCAUCUCACUUUUCUCCUCUUCUUCGCUCUCAUUUCCACCGAUUUCUCUCCUCUUCAUCAUCUCAAUCACAACCCGAAUCCCCAGAAAACCCGAGUCUAGUCCAACCCGUUUCUUACAAACCCAAGGAUCCUCCGGAAACCCCAUCUACAGAAACCACAUCGCAAGCUUCCCCACAAUCACAAACACAAAAUGGUACCCGACCCGAAUCAAAUACUCGAGAAUCAGUUAAUGCGGAUGGUAAAACUUGGACACGGGAGGAUCUCCGAUACUUAAAGGAUGCACCAAAAAUAACUCCGGUUUCUUACCCGACCCGAGUAGCUCCGUUACCUGAGGAUCGGGUUGAAGAGGAGGGGGGAGUGGAAGCUAAGGGUGAUGAGGAGCUGGAGAGAGAGAGGAGAAGAAUUGAGGCGCAAAAAAGGGCGGCAAUGAGGAGAGUUUUGAAUGUUGAAGAGGAAAUGGUUCCGUUUCCCACAUUGGUUAACGUGAAGAGUGAUGAUGAAAAGAAGAAGAAAAAGGCUGUUUAUGAUCUUAAAGAGGCCAUUCGCCUCGUAAAGGCUAAUGCCAAGAAGAAGUUUGAUGAAACUUUGGAAGCUCAUGUUGUUUUGACUUCUGAUAUGCGCCGAAGUGACCUGAAGCUUGAAGGUACAGUAGCUGUUCCUCAUGGGUUUGGCAAGGUAUAUCGUAUUGCUGUUUUUGCUGAAGGAGCUGCUGCUGAUGAAGCCCGAGAAGCAGGAGCUGAUGUUGUUGGUGGUUUGGAGCUCAUAGAGAAUAUCAAGAGUGGAAAUGUGAAGAUUGAUUUUGACAAAUGUUUUUCCACUCAUGCAAUGAUGCCGAACUUGAGACAGAUUGCCAAGUACUUGAGACAAUUGAUGCCAGAUACUAAAAAAGGUACUGUUACCAAAGAUAUCACAAAGGCAGUGAAAGAAGCAAAGCAAGGUGUACCUUUCAAAAAAGACAAAACUGCAAUUGUGCAUGUAGGAAUUGGGAAGGUAAGUUUUCAAGAUGAGGCACUGUGUGAAAACGUUGGUGCAUUUGUACACGAACUUUUGCGUCAGAAGCCUGCUGGCUUAAAAAAGAGCUCAAAAUAUGCUGGUUAUGUGAAUACAGUCCAUAUAUGCAGUACGAUGGGUCCAUCUUUCCCUGUGUCAAUACAGUCAUUAUCGAUUGCAGCAGACCGCCAUGCAAGGAAGUAUCUUCAAUUAUAGUAUCUGAAUAGAUCCAUUUUUAACUUGACAGUCUUAGUGGAUCCAAUUGUAACUUGGUACCGUACUGUAAUUUGUUUAGAUUUCUUGAUUUUCCCCACAUAAAAGGGAUUUUUCCAAGGAGGUCACGGGUUCAGGCCGUGGAAACAGCCACAGCCUCUUGCAUAAACGCAAUAGACCCUUGUGAUCCGGCCCUUCCCAGACUCUGUCCAUAGCGGGAGCUUAGUGCAUUAUGCUGCUCUUUUUUUUAAGGGAUUUUUCCAAGUUAUUUUAUUUCUGCCCAUUAAUGUAAUGAUCUUUCCCUCUCCCUUCUUCAAACCACCCAACCCAAAACUCAUCGCUGUUGCCUCACAUUUGUAUUUUUCAGUUAAAAGAAAUAAGCAUGUCUUCUGUUUUAUGAUUA